GCCGGACCGGACCCGCGAUCUCGCCCCGUACCCACGAAAAGCCGUCGUUUCGCUCGCGAACGGCGCCCACCGCACGCCACGAAAAUUCGCAACGCCGAUAUUUCCCGGGCGCGUUUUCCGCCGGCCCAGAAUCGCGUCGUUAGCGGCGAGCUGCUCGCAAUUCGUCCGCGCGCUCUCUCUCUCUUUCUCUCUCCCUUGCCCUUGUACUCGGAUUAGUACUCGGUGGAGUUGCUGUUUUCAAGUGCCAGUUGAUGUGAGGACGGUGGUUACAUGAGGGAUUAGCGAAGAACUAGCGGAGCCGAGAGACAGUGCCAACAUGCGGGAGAAACGAUGGCUGCUGCUCGCUCUGUACGGAAUACUAUUGGUCCACGCGGUCUCCGCUGCGCUCAAGACCAGGCCGAAAUUCAAGAUUGCGACUACCUCCACGUCGACGACGACGACUGAGGAGCCUCACGCGGAAGAAAAUGAAAACGCGGGUUCAGAGACAACGGUGGCGACGAGCGAGACCAACGCAACGACCGGCCAUACUUUGACGGGAAUUCCGCAGAUUGACUACAUAUGGGACCCGAACCUGCCGCGCGAGUUAAACGGUUACAAUCUUAGCGAUUAUCCGUUCUACAAUAGCAUACCCGAAGAUAUCGACUUCAAGUGCGACGGUUUGCACGACGGAUUCUACGCCAGCGUGCCGCACAAGUGCCAGGUCUACCAUCAUUGCCUCUUCGGCACUCGCUACGACUUCCUGUGUGCCAAUUUCACGGCGUUCGACCAGAAGACCUUCAUCUGCCACUUCGUCUCCGAGGUCGACUGCACCAACUCCAAGAAGUAUUGGCAUAGGAACGAUGCUCUGUACCAAGCGACCACGACCACCACCACCACUACGACUACCGUGGCGCCGGUCACCGUACCGACCAGCAGAUCGGCCGCGCGCGACAGAAUACCACCCAGGAGGCGACCACCGGCGCGAAGGAGGCCCUACGACUACUACGAGGAGGACUACUACGACGACGAGUACAGUAGACCGUCGCGAGACUUCACCGGCAGGGACGAUUACGAGUACGACGACCGGAAGUACAGGAGGGAUCGGGAUCGCGAGUUCCGGGAUCGAGAUCGUGAUCGUGACUUCCGGGAUAGGGAACGCGGCAGAGAAGGAUCCGGUAGAGACGAUAGGGAUCGAGACAGGUAUUCGGCCAGAGGUAAUAGAAGAGAGCCGGUCAGGUCGAGGGACCCGCUGGAGGACGAUGUGAGACCCCGCGGCAGGAAUCCCGAUCAGGGUGUCAGAUCUACGUCGAGGGAAGUGGACGACACGGACGUGUACGACAGGCGCACGGAAGCGAGGAACAGGGACACCGACGAGCGAAGAUACUCCGAUAAGAGAUUUCGGGACGAUUACGACGAUAAGGAGUCCGCGGCACCAUCCGUGAGCGCAACCUCGAACGCGGAAGGUCUGGUGAAGCCGGCGGCACCCAUCAGCUCGGUGUACGCGAGGCCGAGGACGCCGCCAAAGAUUCGACGACCUGUACCGCUGUCGGAACAGGACAGAUACGCGUACAAAACUACUCCUGCCCAACCAGCAGAGGAGUCACGCCGGCGACCCGCGGAUCUGCUGGAAGAUGAUUACUACGAAGACGAGUUGGAAGAUAUCAGGCCGAUCAGGAGACCGAUCCGAAGAAGACCCUCGUACCGGGAGAGGGAUAGAGACCGGGACAGGGACAGGGACUUUUACGAUGCUCGGGACAGGGACCGUCCCCUCAGAACUCGCUAUCACUCAUCGCCAGAAGAGAUACGACUCAGGACGCAUCAGGAUCGCUCGAGGGAUCGUUACUACGAUCGAGAGAGAGACCGCGGUAACAGAGACCGUGCUCUCGAUCGCGGCAAAGAUCGCAGCCCCGAGAGAACUUCAGAUCGGGAUCGAGGAAGAUCGCAGGAACCAGAGAGGCCGUCCGAUCGUGAUCGAGGAAGACCGCAGGAGCCGGAGAGACCCGCGGACCGCGAUCGAGGCAGAUCGCAAGACUCCGACAGGCAGGAGCGACCGUACUCGCCGCGGCUUCUCGAUCGCGACAGGGAUACCGAACGACCGCGAUCAUCCUCGAGGGCGAAGGAGCUGUUGGACACCACGGAGGCAUCCAGAAGACCGAGCUCGUACGAUCGAACGACUGAGAAGACCCCCACCAGCACCACCAUGAGCACCACCACGACUACGACGACAACGACGACCUGCUUGCCGGAGCAACUCAUUCAAAAGUCCGAAAUGGACUCGAGAGACGCGAUGACCGAUCGUCCGGAGAAGACCUCCUACCCAGAACGACCGGCUAGGCCCACUCAGACUCAAAGCGGUCGCGUCGCAGUGGUCGACGCUCAGGACUACCAGAGAAAUCUGUCUGAGAAAUCCCAGAGAAUCUCUCAGCAGACGGAUUACCAAGAUAGAGACUUGGACGGCCGAAAUGAGCAGGCUCAGUAUCAGAUCCCGUCGGAUGAGUAUUCGGCGGAAUACUACGAUGAGCCAUUGGAGGAACCGCCGUCUCCUCCUCCACCUCGAACCACUGUCCGGAUCGUAAAGAGACCCUUCUUGCCGUCCCGAGGCGGCAAUCCUAAUCCGAGAGGAUUAUCACCGGUCGGCUCGAAGGCCUCGCACUCUCCUAGAAGGGACGAGGAGAUGAUAACCGAUCAUCGAGGUACUACUUUGACUGAGGAUGAGCAGAAGGGUUAUUACGUACAGGAAGACAUUCAAGAAGACAGCAGAGACCUCAAUCAGGAGUCCCGUGUGAACACGGAAAGCAACAAGCAGGCCUAUGACGCCUACAAGACCAUCCAGAGUGAUCUCCAGAAGAAGCAACGACAGGACGAAUACGACACCGCGAUAUCCAGGCCGGCGCUACGAAGACCGGCCGUAGAGAAGAGCAACGAGCAGGAGGAACAGGAAGAAGAGGAGGUCUCGAGGGGCCCGGAGAAUCUCUCGAAUUCAUCACGAGGACAUUCCACACAGAACCAAUCGUACGACUUGCGCCAUCAUCAUCAUCAGACCGAGAACCUGGCGCCGAAGUGGAUCGAGAACUACUCGAGCGAUAAGCACGCGAACGCCGCCAAUUUGCAGACACCCUCGGGUCCGCCGGUCCGUAGCAAGGCUCGACUUCCCUCCACGGAGACGCCCAAUAUUUACAGCUCGACGUACAAAAGCGAAGACAUCCAAGAUCUACCGUCAGGCCCAGGUAGCUAUCGGGUGAAGCAGAGGAUCAACGAGGUGACGCAUCGGCUUCAGGAUAUCCCCGAGAGCGAGUACGACGUCACGUUAAACGACGCUCUGACACCCACUCUGAUUCAGGAAGCCAAUCUGCCAAGCGGAUUCGUCUUGCCUCUGCAUAGACAACUGGGCCGAGACACCGUCCUGCAGUCUUCCGAGAACAACUACAAGCUCUCCAGGCCGAUUAAUCAGCAACAGCAGCAGCAGCAGCAGCAGCAACAGAAAACGUUCGUUCCGAGCCCUCAAUUCCUGCCGAGCAUCAGCAACAACGAGCGAGGUCGCACGGUGUACUACAGAACGCCGGAGAAUGUACAGAUCAGCGGGGCGCAGUACAGACAGCAGAGAACAUGGCAGGAUUAUUCGACGUAUUGACGAGAAAAGGAUAUAUACUCGGGUGGUAUUACGUCAUUACGACGUACUCUCUAAAUUUCUCGAGGUGCGAAGUCUCACUCGAAAUGCGUGUGAAAGCAUUAGCUGCAAGUGACAGCGAAGAUAAACUCGAAAAGAAAUCUCAGUUCGUGACAGCAGGGUGGGGACCGGGGCGAAAACUCGGGGAAGAUGAACGGUAUCUCCGUUAUCGCGACCGGAAAAAUUCGUCCGAACUUUCGGCUGCGUUCAAACUUGGUUGAGGUAGCCAAUUGACUGAAUGGCAAUUUGCUGCAGAGAGCUUUCCACAAGCGUUCCUACAAGUGAGUUUGCAUCUGGUCCCAGGAUAACACAGGUUGCACGAACUGAGUUUUCUUCUUUUCUUGUGCACUCGGGAUCACAAGGGUGAAGAUUUCAGUCGAUUAGGAUGAAAUUGUUCCCGCGGAGUACACGGGUUUCGCAUUUGAAUUUCGAAUGAGAAUAUUCACUCGACGAUCUCAGGUGGGGAACUUCGCUCGAACUUUGGUUGUUGCUCCACUUUUCGAGGGAAUUUCACUCAGGGGGAUUUAGAGAGUACGAGAGGGAGCGAUCGAAAAUCCUCGGAGCGAGCACGGAAGCGCGCGCGUGUGUAUCAUCAAUCUCAAUUUCGGACAGGCUUUCGCUUGAUCACGAGCACAAAGCGACUAAUUUACACACACACACACACACACACACACACACAUAUAUAUGUACACACUGCCACCCGAUCGACAUCUAGGAAAGACACUUUCAUGAAAGAAACCCGGCCUUAUUUUACUUAAUCAUUCUCUUAUGAAACUGGCUUUCCGCGAACGGACGUCGCGCCCGAUACUCACAGCCUACCACCCUUGCAAUCGGACGAUCAGUGUCAUUCGUUCCAAAGAACGCGCGACGGGGAUGUCCGUCUCGUCGCGCCGCUCUGAGGGUAGGAAAUAAUCCGCGAACGAUACAGUUAGGUAAUUAGUAGGAUGAACGCCCACGGGCGUUUGCGAGGUUUCGAGAUAAUAAAUUAUUCGAUGAAAAUAAAAAAGAGAAGAGGAGAGGUCAUGCCUCUUGGGGGGAUGAGACAUCCCGAUACUCAUCGAUACUCAUCAUUAUUCGCGAACACCGCAACCGAGAAGCAAAGACGAGAGAUCGAUUGAUGUCCAUCGAUAACCGGCGGCGAUCGUAGAUCAUUCGUUCUGAGAACUUCGCUAGACAAACAUUCGGAGUGAUUAGCAAAUCCGGUUACUAAUGAAUGCGUUAAUGAAUGCGAAACGCCGCGGCAUACGCCAGAUGUCGCGAGCGAGCUGUUUCCUCCCAAUUAAUGCACGAAACGUGACACGACGCGUACGUAAUGACGAUUCAAUUCAUUCGCGACGUUUGAACGCGCGUUCACUCGCGUCCGUCGGAAUCGGAAUUUCCAUCGGCGUUUCCGAUGUGCUGAAGACACUUCCUCCUUCUCCCUUUUCCUCCUCCUCCUCUUCCUCCUCCUCGUUCUUCUGCUCCUUUCUCAUUUCGAUCGAACUUGUAAAUAAACGUACGAUUCUAUUCUCUCUGUAUGCACAUUCGUUAAAUAGCAAUUCGAAACACGGCAUACGCGAUUCUCUAGAAAGGAAAAUAAUAAAAAAAAAGAAGCUGUACACAUUAAGUUUCAUCGUCACGAAUCUCGAUAGAGAGACGUUACUAGCGAAUAAGUCUUCCUGAGCGUAUAUCUUGUCUUAAAGCUAUGUCGAUAUUUACGCGCGAAAUAAAAGAGUGAGAAAAGAAAAUAUCA